AUGGACGGACUUCUCUACAAGUCAAGCAAACUCAUUGUACCCAGAGCACUACAGAACUCAAUGCUGGACAAGAUUCAUGAAUCGCCUCUUGGGAUAGUCAAGUGCAAAGCACGUGCCCGUGAAGUUCUCUUUUGGAUUGGCAUGUCAACAGAUGUCGACAACCGAGUUAGGUCAUGUGGACUAUGUGCACUACAUCAAAACAUCAAUGCAAAGGAACCAAUGCUAAUGCCAGAGAUACCAGAUCGGCCCUGGUCGAAACUAGCUGCAGACCUAUUUGAACACGAGAAACACCAUUACCUACUAGUCGUUGAUUACUUUUCCAAAUGGCCCGAAGUAAUAAAACUAGAAAACCUGUCAAGCAAAACAACUGUGAACUGCUUAAAAGAGCUGCUUUCAAAAUACGGACUCAUCGAUGAAAUGAUUACCGAAAAUGGACCCCAGUUUUCCUCUGCGGAUUUCAAAGACUUUUCGUCUGAGUUCGAAUUUAAACAUGUAACCAGCAGUCCACACUACGCUCAAUCAAAUGGCCAGGCAGAACGAACUGUACAAACAGUCAAAAGGCUCAUCAUGAAAUCUAAAGACCUGUUCAAGGCACUCUUGGACUACCGAAACACACCGCUAGAUAUCGGAUUAUCACCAGCACAACUUUUUCUCAACCGCCGACUUAAAACAUCACUUCCAACCUCUGCGCCCUUGCUAAAACCUCUUGGAUUAGAUGCCUAA